CUCGCGUGCACAUGGGGGCAGAGCACGGCCUGCUGCGGACUACAGCCGGCGAGAUCUACACCUGGGGCUGGAACGAGCACGGAAACUGUGGCAACAACAGUACAGAGAAUGUAUGCAGCGCGUGAAGUUGGCCGGAGCUGGCUCGGGCUUCUGUUACGCCAUUUCCGAGUCGUCUGUUAAUUAAUUUUAUAAUAAAUGUUAAAAAUGCUUAAAAAUACUAAACGGAAUAUCGAAAUUAAGGUAUUUGAUGUCGGAUCAUGAGCAAAAUUGUACGAAUAAUCAAACCCAAGCAGUUGGCGCUCUUUCUUCCAUCGAUAGUUGAAGAAACAUCGAUGUAUCGAUAGUAACAAUGAAGUUUUUCAACCUUCAGCAGCUUUACUUGAACUCCGCGGAAUUUUCGUUGCAAAUACUAUUUGCCAUUUUUACAGUGAAAAUAAAGUGCUUUGUUUUUCAAAAACUUAAUCUUUUCCACAGAAAAAAGAAGAUGUCGGAGAAUAGCUUCAACUCAAAGUAUUUGGACGAUGACGAUGAGGACGAUGCGAUUGCUGCCUCUGAGGGCAAAGUUUCGAGCCAGGUGGCCAAGCGCAUCUGGCAGCCAACCAUCGAUGAUACUACCCCUGGGGUCUGGGAGCCGCCCGAGAAGCCCCUGCCCCACGUGGAGGAGGAUGCUCCGAUGAGUGCCGAGGCCCUGGCGGAGGCUCUAGCGGUGAGCGAGACCGCCUCGGACUUUAUACACGAAGUGGAGCGCUCUCUCUACGGCGACAACAGCAAGGAGAACGGCUCCGCCCAGUACUUCAAGGCGGCCGAGAAUUAUUCGCUGUUUGGCGCCAACUACAUGGGCUUGGAGGAGGACAAGAACAAAAAACCGCCGCCGGGCUUCGACCAAAGCUCCAGUCAGAUUGCGGCUGGAUCGGCCGGAGUAUCCGGCCAAAGCUACUCGGGGGGACCCUCUUCAUCCGGAAUGGGCGGCAUGGCAAUGUCCCAGCAGCCGCAGCACAAGGCCGCGAAUCAGCCAGGACCUGCAGCGCUGCUUCCACAGCAGCAGCAGCAUCCGCGUCAUCCUUCGCCAGCGACAGUGCCCAGGGUCAUAGCCGAGGCAGCAGCUCUGGCUGGAGCUGGGGCUGGCAUCGACAUUGGCCUGCACGCCCAUGGACAUCUGCCCAGUGCCACGGAAAUGGCCAUCGGACACAUUUACCAGGAGCUCAUGGGCAUGAAUUUCAAUCAGGCCAAUAUACAGCAGCAGCAGCAGCAACACCACCACCAGCAGCAGCAGCAGCACCACCACCAGCAGCAGCAGCACCACCACCACCAGCAGCAGCAGGCGGCUCUCCUCUCCUACGGCCAAAAGGCCGUCCACUUCUGGGACAACUAG